UGUGUUCUGAUGUCCUCCUCUUCAAACCUACUGUGUCAUAGAGGAAAUUUUAGAUACUGGAGUUACAGGGAAAGGCCAACUACAGAACGUGCCAGGGGCUUUGGUUUUUUGUUUUACUUUAUUUUCUAACAUUUCUGUUAAAAGGACCAAAUCGAUUUCCAAACCGGUUAUCUUGGAAUAUUAUCUUUUGAACUAUACACGCGCUGGUGUGAGGCAGAACCAAGGACUCAGCGUCAUGCCGGCUGGGUUUCAGCAGUUAGGAGGGGAGAGAAUAACUGGAACUCUCGCGCUAUCAGUGUUUACAGCUGCACUGGGUUCCCUUCAGUUUGGCUACAACAUUGGAGUGAUCAAUGCUCCUCAGAAGAUCAUUGAGCAGGAGUAUAACUCAACAUGGAUGGAAAGAUACUCAGAACCGAUCCCUCCACAAACACUGACAUCUCUGUGGUCACUCUCAGUGGCCAUCUUCUCCAUUGGGGGCAUGUUGUCGUCCUUCUCUGUGGGAAUCGUCUCAGAGUUUUUUGGCAGGAGAAAAGCAAUGCUUAUCAAUAACCUGCUUGCAUUUAUCGGUGGAGGCUUGAUGGGGAUGUCCAAAAUCUGCCGAUCAUUUGAGAUGACGAUUUUAGGACGCUUCACCAUUGGAGCAUAUUGUGGUUUAGCCUCAGGAUUGGUGCCCAUGUAUGUGGGUGAAAUUGCCCCUACCAGUCUGAGAGGAGCUCUGGGCACACUGCACCAGCUAGCCAUUGUCACAGGCAUUCUCAUCGCACAGAUCUUAGGUCUUGAGUCUCUGUUAGGCAGUGAGAAAUUGUGGCCUGUGCUCUUGGGCAUUACCGUGCUCCCUACAGUCCUACAGAUGGCACUGUUGCCUUUCUGCCCUGAGAGCCCACGAUUCCUCUAUAUAGUCCGUUGCCAGGAGCACCAUGCAAAGAGUGCUGUACGGCGUCUUACUGGGCGUCUGGAGGUCAGUGAUCACCUGGCUGAGAUGAAGGAGGAGAAGAGGAGGAUGGACAUGGAGAGGAAGGUGUCUAUAGCUGAGCUCUUCCGCUCUCCUCUCUACAGGCAGCCCAUCAUCAUCUCCAUCCUGCUACAGCUCUCCCAGCAGCUGUCUGGAAUUAAUGCUAUCUUCUACUAUUCUACUGACAUCUUCAAGAAGGCUGGGGUUGAGAGUCCAGUAUAUGCCACCAUAGGGGCUGGAGCUGUCAACUGUGCCUUCACUGUGGUCUCACUUUUCCUGGUGGAGAAGAUGGGCCGUCGGACACUGCACAUGCUAGGGCUUGCAGGAAUGUGUAUCUGUGCCAUCAUCAUGACAAUUGCCCUCUCAUUACUGGAGACUGUGCCUUCAAUGAGCUACAUUAGCAUGAUGGCCAUUUUUGGUUUCGUAGCUUUCUUCGAAGUGGGUCCAGGACCUAUACCAUGGUUCUUUGUGGCUGAACUCUUCUCACAAGGACCUAGACCUGCAGCCAUGGCAGUGGCCGGCUGCUCCAAUUGGACAGCCAACUUUAUCAUUGGCAUGGGGUUCCAGUAUGUCGCUAAUUUAAGUGGCCCGUAUGUAUUCCUCAUCUUUGCCACGUUCCUCCUCUUCUUUCUGCUCUUCACGUUCUUCCGGGUUCCCGAGACACGAGGCAAGACUUUUGACCAGAUCUCAGCCACCUUCCAACACCAUCCACAAGACAUGAUGGACAUGGAUUUGGGUAUGGAACAAGGGAAGCACAAUACAGAGUUGGACUACCUAGGAUCUGAUGGGACAGAGAACUGAAGCCUGAGCGUGAAGGAGAUGGUGGAUGGGGGCCAGCACUGACCUUUCAUGGGGCCUUAGAAAGGAUACAGGAAAAUUGAUGCAUACCAAUAAGAGAAGAGUUCGCGUUCAGAAGAGUUUGGAUAUUGGCCAUUAUGGAGAGAAAGAUGGUUACUGGUCUUGGGAGAAAGUGCAAUGGUGUUUGAAAAGGAGCAAGAGACUUGAGAUUUGGAUUCCUGUACUUUAUCUGCACAAAGGUUUCUGUAAGACACAAAGCCAAUAAGUAGCACAAUGUUUUUUGCAUUUCAUUAAAAUUAGUAAGCUUGGACAUCUGAGGUUUCGGAAGGAAAGCAACAAUAUUUUAGUUUGAGCUUUUCAUUAUCAGAAUAAUUAUAUCUUUAGCAGAGACACUCUCAUAUUCAUUAAAAACAAACCAUCUACUACAAAUUGUCAAAUGUUUUAAGGAUGAAAUGCUUUGGUUAAUAGUUUUUGCACAAAGCUAAGAUUACAUUUUAAGGACAAAAAGACAGAAUUAUGCUGCCGUCAAGUGCUCUCAGAAAUCGAUAAUUCCCACUUCAAACCGGAAAGUAAGGUAUUAAUUUCAUGAACAUUAAAAGUAUAUAGGAACAUUAAUGUUCCUAAUGAUUUAGUAGCAUUAAAACAUUACAAGUAUUUGCGAACAUUAAAAGAGCAGUUCCAUAAAUUAUUUCCGGGUUGAAGUGGGAAUUAUCAAAUUUCCGAGAGCAUGUGAAGGCAGCAUUAGAUCUAUAAGAGAGUAUAAUACUCCAUGGUUUAAGAAACUGUUAAAUGUAUAUAGAGCAAAAUUUAGUCACUCCAUUUCCUAGAAGAUUAGAAAUGUGUUAAAGCGUGUGCCGUUUGACAAGUGAAAAAAUGACAAAACCGGUGAACUUUUACUCUUGUGAUUUGUAUUGGUUUGUGUUCUUUGUUGUUCUGAGGUGUGUGUGAGCAGUGUAUCUUUAACAUGUGUUUAUUUAUAUGACGGAAUUAAACCAGCUGUUGAAAGAA